AUGGAGACGAUCUGUAUCUACAAUGCACGUACACUUGCAUCCGAGUCCUCGAUAGAAGAUUUGGUCAUGGAAGCAAGAAGGACAAACUACGACGUCAUCGGCCUGGCCGAAACGAGGAGACGCCAGCCUUUCAACGCCGUCUAUGACACCGGAGAAAAACUGUUCCUCGGAGCAUGCGACAGCAGAGGAGUCGGCAGCGUCGGCGUUCUCGUCAACACGAGUCUGUCCAUGAACAUCGAUUUAUUCGAACAACCUACAACCCGAAUCGGACGUUUACAAUUAAAAAGACGUGGAUCAAUUCCGGCUUUGACAAUCUUCGUCGUUUACGCGCCGACAUCAAACUAUGACGAAGAGGAAGUCGAAGGGUUCUAA